UAAAUGUGCAGUGCCGCAGACUCUUCAUGUUCGCACUCAGUGAAGGGAUGUUUAAUAUACUGAGAGCAGGAGAAGAGCGAGAACCGCUAUAAAUCCUUCUACAUGUCACUGCUGCUGCAACUCACGAGCGCUGUGGUCUUUGUUGCUCCACCUCGUUCAGAAUGAGUUCCUGUUCCUUUAAGGGAUCUCUCCAAAGUUCACCGCCGUGACGUUUGCCUAUAUUCCAUAUUCAGAGAAAGUCCAGCGGCGGAGUGUGGGAUCUCCUGCUGCCCGAUCACUUCUCCUCCGGCUGCUGAGCCAAACGCAGAGCUGGUUUUGUUUUUCGUCAUGAACGCGGACAAACAUCCUGAAUUUGCAUCCUCGGAGGGAGACGGGAUGGACACUUGCGCUGAUGUUGCAGACGUGAAGCCGCAGGAGGAGGAAGAAGAGAAGGAGGAUAACUCAUUCAGAGAGAAUGGAAUUCAGCGAGCCGAAGGUGUCGCGGAUCCACGUGUGAUCAAAACCGAAGCAGAGGAGGUGGAAGAUAAUGAGCCGUAUGCGAAAGCUGGAAAAGAAAGCGACAUGGUGCCCAAAGAGGAAGCGGAGGGAGGCAGCGAGGACGGCAUGGAGGAGGGAUUCGACGAGGAGAGGGCAGAGGAGGACAACGAUGAGGGGGACGAAGAGGGAGAAACCCUGAACGAGCCGCAGGACCUGUCGCUGGUGGACUACUCGCGUUACGACAGCGCCGCCGCGAAUGACGCCCACGCUGCGGCCCCUCGCAUCCCGACGACGGGCAAGCUCAACUGUGACAUCUGUGGCCUGUCCUGCAUCAGCAUUAACGUACUGCUGGUGCACAAGCGCAGCCACACGGGUGAGAGGCCAUUCCACUGCACCCAGUGCGGGGCCUCCUUCACCCAGAAGGGAAACCUGCUUCGCCACAUCAAACUGCACUCCGGGGAGAAGCCUUUCAAAUGCCCGAUGUGCAGCUACGCCUGCCGUCGACGCGACGCCCUGAGCGGGCACCUGCGCACCCAUUCUGUGGAGAAGCCCUUCAAGUGCAACCACUGCAGUCGCAGCUACAAGCAGCGCAGCUCGCUCGAGGAGCACCGAGAGAGGUGCCAUGUGUACAUUCAGAGCAAAGGUCCUGCCGACAGAGAGGACAACCACAUCACCAGGACUCAGAUGGGCACCGAGCGGGCGCUGCUGCUCGACCGGCUCGCCAGCAACGUCGCCAAGCGGAAGAGUUCGAUGCCGCAGAAGUUCACGGGUGAUAACGGCGUCUGCCUGGACCUGAGCUUCAACAGGGAGCUGGUCCACCCAGCUGACGUCAAGGACCCCCCGCCGACGGGCUCCCCGGGGUCAGAUGCCCACCACCAGCAGCAGAGCAUCCUCGCAGACGGCGACCCGCCGCCCUCCCAGCGGUCCUAUCCCAUCCAGUUGAGCCGCAACGACAUCACCCCCAUGAGCCACACCAACGGCCACAAGAUCGGCCUGCCACUCCUGGGCAUCCCCCCCGCCGCCCAGCCGCCCCUCAGCAUGGACUCCUUCCACCCCGACGGCUCCCAGAUGCCCAUCAUGUACAGCUUAGGGCACCUGCUGGGGGGGAUGAACCACCAGAACGGCGUCCCCCACCCGCAGCCCAUCCCCCUGCCGCCUCUGGAGGCUCUGAGGGUGAUCCGAGGCGACGGGGAGGCCGGGGGGCUGCCGGGCGCCGUGUACCCCUGCGGCCACUGCAGGGUGAUCUUCCUGGACUACGUCAUGUUCACCAUCCACAUGGGCUGCCACGGCUUCCGCGACCCGCUCGAGUGCAACGUCUGCGGUCACCGCAGCCGGGACCGUUACGAGUUCUCGUCCCACAUAGCCCGCGGCGAGCACCGCCUAGAACUGAAGUAGACGUUCGCGCUUACACGCACACAAACACUCAGGCAAUACGAGGACACACAGAUGUACUCAUAUAGGUAGUAUCAGGGAUGAAAGCAUGAAGUAGCAGCUGUCUCUCUCUGCGUCUUUAGUGUGUUUGAGAGGGAGGCGAGGCGUUAUAAAACUGUAGCGGGUGUCUGAGCGUUCUUAGUCAUCCUGUACUCAUCUGAAAAGAUGGCCUGUAAAGUGUUAAUGCAGGAGUAGUUCUACUUCUUUUUCAUGCAUAUACAUAUCUCUCUCUCUCUCUAUAUAUAUAUAUAUAUAUGUGUGUGUACUUGCUGUGUCUAUAUAACAAAAGCCACUCAAAUGUUCAACAAAUUAGCAACAAAGAAAAAACAUACACUGUCUAUCUGCUGCUUUCUUAAAGGUGUAAAAAUAAAAGACAAACCCUCCCUUCAGAGAGCUUCUCUGAAAAACACUUGCCAAUUCAAGACUGCAGAGCAAAAAAAAAAAAA